UCUUCAACGAUCUACAACGCCUUCAACAUGAAAUUCGCCAUCGUCCUGGUCGCCCUCUUCGCCGUGGCUCUGGCCGCUCCUACUCAGGAGGUUUCCGUCCUGAAACAUGUAUCCGAUGUUGGUGCCGACGGCUUCAACUAUGCUGUGGAGACCAGCGACGGAUCUAAGAAGGAGGAGUCGGGUCAUCUGAUAAACGCCGGUACCGAGAAUGAGGCCAUCGCCGUCCGUGGAUCUUUCUCCUUCUUGGGCGAUGAUGGUGUCACCUACACUGUCAACUACGUCGCCGAUGAGAACGGAUUCCAGCCCCAGGGUGCCCAUCUGCCCGUUGCCCCCGAGGCAUAAGUCAUCCAUAGUGGAUUACCCAGUUCCUUGUUAAUAUAGCUUAACUGCAAGAAAUCCCUGUUAGCCCAUUAUUACGAUGGAAAAAGAAUCUAUGUCAAAAAGCCUGAGUUGUUAAUAAAAAAAGUAGUACAUUAAAAAAUGUGUGUUUAAAUGGA